AGCAGCAGCAGCUCUGAAGGACUGAUAAGAUUGACUUCUGCUUUUCGUAAGGAGGAUCCAACACUUCGGAAAGGCACGCGAUACCGAAAGGAGAGAGCAGAACCGAGCAGAACCAAACAGAACCGAGCCGAUCUGGACGGACGCGGAGAGAUGGAUUCCUCAGCUCAGCACUCGCGGAGAAACACAGAUGUGCAGUGGACUGGUGGCUUCACCUCGUCCUUGAACACCAAACUCAAAGAGGCUGUCAUUGACCUUCAUUGACUUUCAUUUGUGAUUGAAACCCUCGAACACAACCCCACCUCCGUCUGUACCUCUCCACCCUCUCCAUGGCCAAUCUUGUAAGUUAUGUGUUAUUCCUGGUGCUCCGCACGUACGCCGCUCCUCCAGAGUACAUUCAGCUGUGGCCUGGCGGCUCCACGCCUGCCCCUGGAGAUCCCUCAAAUGAUUCAGUUACUCCAUCACUGAUUCCGCCUCCAGGAUCCUCCAAACACACACCCCACAGCAUCAUCAUCGGCGUCCGCAAAGGAGGCACCCGAGCCCUGCUGGAGAUGCUGGAUAUCCAUCCUGAAGUGGCGGCGGCUGCCACUGAAGUCCACUUCUUUGAUUGGGAUGAAAACUACAGUAAGGGUUUUGAAUGGUAUCGAGAGCAAAUGCCGUAUUCCUACCCGACUCAAAUCACUAUUGAGAAAACACCCGGGUAUUUCACAUCUCAAGUGGCGCCGGCGAGGAUUCACGCGAUGAAUUCAUCUAUUAGACUCUUGCUGAUCCUUCGGGAUCCCACCGAGCGGGUGAUCUCGGAUUACACGCAGGUCUAUUUCAACCGGCUGGAGAACCACAAGCCUGUGCAGGCCAUCGAGAACAUGCUGGUGAAGAACGGAGCGCUGAAUACGCGCUAUAAAGCCAUCCAGCGCAGUCUGUAUGACGUGCACAUGAGGAACUGGCUCCAGCACUUUCCUCUGGAGCAGAUCCAUAUUGUUGACGGAGAUACGCUGAUCCACGACCCGCUCCCUGAGCUCCAGAGAGUCGAGCGCUUCUUAGAUCUGCCGCCGCGGAUUGAAGCCUCCAACUUCUACUUUAACCAAACUAAAGGCUUCUACUGCAUCCGCAGCGACGGUCACGAGCGAUGUUUGCAUGAGUCUAAAGGGCGUCCGCAUCCUCCGGUGAACAGUAAUGUGCUACGGCAGCUGCGUUCGUAUCUGCACCAACACAAUCGGAACUUCUACCGGCUCAUAGGACGCACUUUUAACUGGCAGUGAGGAGGAGGGGCUGAGAUUUGCAUUCUGACCAAUCACAGCCCAGCUGAGAGGCUGAUUGACAGCUGAUGGACUGUAUAAACCACCCCUCCUCCCCCGCCCAGCUUCUGAUAGUAGGGGUGUGCGAUACUUAAAGGAUUAGUUCAGCCAGAAGUGAAUAUUACGCCAUAGUUUACCAAACCUCAAAUUCUUCUUAAUUUUUUUUGGUCAGACAUAUUUACAGUCGGAGUAGUUUUGAAUAGUAUCCUGUUUUUUUUCUGCCACAGGUGUCAAACUCAGUUCUUGGAGGGCCGCAGCUCUGCACAGUUUAGUUCUAUCCCUAAUUAAACACACCUGAUCAAACUAAUUAAGUCCUUCAGGCUUGUUUAAAAACUGCAGGUGUUAAAGCAGGGUUGGAACUAAACUGUGCAGAGCUGUGACCCUCCAGUAACUGAGUUUGACACCCCUGUUCUACUCUAUACUGAGCUUAUUCUUGACAUACGAGCGGGCAAAGCCAUUGGAAUCUUUUAGGCUGGAGUCUUCCACUCUAAUUCACUUCCUCUAAUUCACUUCCUUGUUUCGCUGCUUGAUGCCACAAACUGAUAUUUUCUUAUUAUAUUAGUCAACUUUUUAUGUUUAUUCAUGAACACUUGUUUGUAGAGCAAUAGUUUGACCAUUUUCUGCUGUUUAUUAUUAUUUAUCCGGUAGGUAACUGAAUCGGAAGUUCUAAAACAGUCGCAAGUGCAUUGCAGAAUAAGGCCAAUAAUGAUGUUGCAUAGUGACUUAUUUUGAAGCUUAUAAAAGCACUGUGCUUCGACUGAACUCUUGGAAUUUCUAAUUUACUCGAUCCUAAUGAUCUGAGUGAUCUGUUAGGUACAUAUUUAGUGAGCAAAUCUGUAAUGUAUUGAGCUCCUAGGCCAUUUAGUGAUUCAUAGACAAGUAUUAAUACUUUUAAAUCUGUUCUGAAUGUAACUGGGAGCCAGUGUAGAGACCUGAGGACAGGUGUGAUGUGCUCUGAUUUCCUGGUUCUGGUCAGAAUUCUGGCCGCAGCGUUCUGGAUGAGCUGCAACUGUCUGACUGUCUUUUUGGGAAGGCCAGUGAGGAGGCCAUUACAGUAAUCCACCCUGCUGCUGAUAAAAGCAUCAACAAGUUUCUCUAAGUCUUCACUGGAAACAAAGCAUCUGAUUCCUGCAAUGUUUUUGAGAUGAUAGUAUGCUGAUUUACUGACUGCUUUGACAUGACUAUUGAAACUCAGAUCUGA